AUGUCGUUCUCCGGCCGCCGCUUGAGCAUCCUGCGCCCCUCCGAUGCCAGGCGCCUGUCCACCGUCAAGGACCUGUCCCUGAAUGAGCAGCAGUCCGAGACUCACCGCGACUUCCGCGCUGCCCACGAAGGCCACAAGCCGCACGCCGGCCUCGACCCUUCUCGCGCCUCGACUGGAGUCAUCUGGUGCACAGAGCGUGCCAACGAGCAUGGCUUCUCCGAGCAUCCUCACGAAUGGGCCAACCUGGGCCAGGGCGCCCCAGAGGCCGACGACGACAUCGUGGGCAGUUUCCCCCGUCCGACUUCGAUCCCUGUCGACUCGGCCUCGCGCGAAUACGGUCCCACGGCCGGCAUCAAGCCGCUGCGUGCCGCCGUCGCCCGGCUGUACAAUGAGCAGUAUCGCCAGGGCAAGGAAAGCCAGUACACGUGGGAGAACGUGUGCAUUGUGCCUGGAGGCCGUGCUGGUUUGAUCCGAAUUGCCGCCAUUCUGGGGAACUCGUACCUGUCGUUCCCCAUUCCCGACUACACUGCCUACUCGGAGAUGCUGUCUCUCUUCAAGAACUUUUCGCCCAUCCCCAUUCCACUGGCCGAAAACGACGGCUACCACAUCCACCCCGACAAGAUCGCAGAAGAGAUUGCUCGCGGUACCUCGGUUAUCCUGACCUCCAACCCACGUAACCCUACCGGUCACGUCGUUGCCAACCCAGAGCUUGCUCGCAUCCAGGAUAUCUGCCGUGGCCGUGCCACCCUGAUUCUGGACGAGUUCUACGGCGGAUACAACUACACCACCGACUGUGAUGGAACGACCCUGAGUGGUGCCGAGAACGUCGUGGACGUCGACGAGGACGAUGUCCUGUUGAUCGACGGUCUCACCAAGCGCUUCCGUCUGCCUGGAUGGCGUAUUGCCUGGAUUGUCGGCCCCAAAGAGUUUGUCGACGCCCUUGGCUCUGCCGGCUCGUACCUGGACGGAGGCGCCAACGUGCCCUUCCAAGAGGCCGCGGUGCCCAUGCUGGAGCCAUCGCUCGUCAAGCGCGAGAUGGUCGCUCUGCAGGACCACUUCCGAACCAAGCGUGACUACGUCCUUGGCCGUCUCCACGAGAUUGGAUUCCGCAUCAAGGACGUGCCGCAGGCCACUUUCUACAUCUGGCUGGAUCUGACUUCGAUCCACCCUCCCCUGCCCGAGAGCGCCAACGUCAACGACGGUCUGAACUUUUUCAACGCGCUGCUCAAGGAGAAGACCAUUGUCGUGCCCGGUAUCUUCUUUGACCUGAACCCGGCCAAGCGCCGUGAUCUGUUUGACAGCCCUUGCCACCACUUUGUGCGGUUGAGCUACGGGCCCAAGAUGGAUGUGCUCAAGCAGGGUCUUGAUGGCAUUGAGCGUGUUAUUCGUCGUGCUAGAGGCGAGAACAUUGGUCCUACCCUGGAGGACGAGCAAGCAUCGCAACAGUUAUAUACGACACACGAAUUACGGGUCGAGAGUGAGCUCUCGCUCACAAGCAACCAUCCGAUAAAUAAAAAUGCAUCUUCUACAAUGGCCGUCAAUAUUCUGCGCAUUCUCAACUCGACCGUCUACAGCGUGCUCGCCAUCGUGCUCUUCGGUCUGACGCUGCUGACGCCCGCCGAUUUCAUCUACCAAUGCUGGCAGAACCGCCGCCUCACCAAUAUUUUCAUUGUCGCCGGCGUUUAUGUUGUGACAGUUUUGCUAGCUCUGCUGGUUUAUGCGAGUCGCAUCUACACACUGCGUACGGGUCUGGGGGCUAUACCCAAGGCGUGGAUCCCCGUGGCCAAGGGGGAAGUUGGGAAGAGCGUGCAGCGACUGGUGGACGAGGGACGACGGCGCAGUGCGAUUAUUGCAUACCAGGCCCGACCGAGGGAUUUGUUUUCGGAGGAUUAUACCAACAACAACAACACACAUGAUGAGGAGCUCUCGGUCAACGUCGAGCGGCCGCCAUGGGGUCCCGUACAGCACGCCGGCUGGUCUGCGCCGUCGUCACUGGACCUGCCGGGCCUGCGGUACCAGCGCGUCAUCGAGGAGCUUCCGCAUUUGAUCGAGGCCAAAGCCGUCUCUCUGGCGCCGUCCGAUUCGCUGGUUGCGUCGGCGAACAAUGUUUUUGGCGCAGACGAUAACGACGUCGAUGACAGGUACAACAUUCCCGAUCCCCGAGUUGUGGAGAUACUACAGCGGCCAGCGACAAUGGGACUGCGAGACUACGUGGCGCAUUUGACGACAUUGGGCUUGAUUGAUCCCCCCCAGCUGGGCGCUGAGUUUUUGGCUCUGUACGAACAAGCGCGGUUCUCGGCACGGCUGCUCGUGGAAGACGAGUUUCGCAGGCUGAUGAGCAUAUUUGCCGAGAUCUUGAGGGGCAUGAGGGCGAUCGACGACAAGAUCCUGCAGGAGAUCUUCUACGCAGCAGAUAAUUACUCUGAAAGUAGCGAAUCGUUCAUCGGCCCGUCGGACGAAGAGGGCGAGACGGACACGCUGGGGACGGACAGCCUGCAUCGGCAGCCGAGUACUACCUAUUCGUCGGCCGGCGGCGACACGAGCAGCAGUUUGAGAUCUGUGCGCACGGCGCCGAUGGUGCAGCCGGCGUCUUCUUCUUCUGCUGUCGGAUCGAGUCCGUCGAAGAGGUCACUGCACCGUGCUAGGUCGAAUAUCUCGCAGAAUUCUUCUGGCGGCAGUGUGAUCCGACUGGUCAAGACGCGCAGUCCGGAGGAUCUGCCGUAUGCAAUAAACAUGGGCGCAAAGGCGGAUCAGAUUAGAUCUGGCCGCAUGCAAAAAUUCCUCCGCCGCGGCGCCGAGCUGCUCACGCCGCGCACCGGCAGUCCAGCCAACGCCAACGACAACGAUGGCGACGGCUUCACCACGGCAUCCUCGCACACAGCGCUUUUCCCUGCUGUCAACCACGCCGUCGACGGUGACGACUGCGACCGCGACUGCGCCAGCUGCACCAUCCACUAUCCAGCGCGCUUCGACGUCGAGCUGAACGAUACGCUAUACGGCAAUGUCAACGGAUGGGCGACGCAUGCGCUCGUCGCGACGGGCAAGACGGACUGGGUGCGGGAUGUCGCGGACGAGAAGGGGAGUGUGAUGGAGGCGAUUGAGCGUGGCGGGGCUGAGCCGCUGAAUGGAAAACUCAAACUGUCCGCGUCGAAUAUCCCCGUGCCAGACGAGUAUCACGAGGCCGACGACGAUGCGAACCGACCGACGACUGUUGCGCUGUUUCCGGCGUUUACCAUUAUCGACCAUGUCACGCCUGCGCUUGCGCCGGAUCUGAUUAGAUACUUUGUGAACCCAUCGAUCACGACGACGACACCGCUGCGCUCCAUACCUAUUGCACCGGCAACCUUGGCUGUUGAAGGAGAAGAAGGAGAAAAAGAAACCCCCCUCCGCGCACGCCCAUCUCCACACGCAGCUGUGAUCCUGCUCUGUUCGCAGCGCACGCGAGACGCGCGCUGUGGCCAGUCGGCACCGCUACUCAAGCGCGAGUUUGAGCGGCAUUUGCGCGCGCAGGGCUUAUACAGAGAUAUGAACGAUGAGCGGCCGGGUGGCGUUGGAGUGUACUUUAUCAGUCAUGUUGGCGGGCACAAGUACUCGGCAAAUGUGAUUAUUUACAGGAGGCGGGAUUUUGAGUGGUAUAAAAAGGAGGAAACACAGGAAGAAGAAGAGGUGGAUGGUGCGGUGCAGGGCAUUUGGCUGGCGCGCGUCCGGCCAGAGGAGUGCGAGAAUCUGGUGCGCUUUACGGUCAUGCAGGGCAAGCUGGUCAAGCCAGAUCAGUUGCGAGGCGGCUUUGAUCGAGAGAGGGGGCUUACCAGUUGGUGA